AUGGCGAGAACUAUUACCUUUGACAUACCAUCGUCUUAUCAACUCGUGGAACUCGUGGGCGAAGGAGCAUACGGAACUGUAUGCUCUGCGGUGCAUAAACCAUCGGGCACCAAAGUAGCGAUUAAGAAAAUCCAGCCAUUCAGUAAGGCGAUGUUCGUCACGCGAACGCUGCGGGAACUCAAGCUGCUCAAACUUUUUCACAGUCACGAAAACAUUAUCAGCGUUCUGGACGUCGUGAGACCACUUUCGAUGUCCAAGUUUCAGGCCGUGUAUCUGGUGCAGGAACUCAUGGAAACGGACCUGAAUAAAGUGAUUAGCGGCGGUGGGGCGUCGCUCAGCGAUGACCAUAUCCAAUACUUCACGUACCAGCUUCUGCGCGCGCUCAAAGCGAUCCACAGUGCCAAAGUGAUCCACCGGGAUUUGAAACCGUCCAAUCUGCUGCUUAACUCGAACUGCGACCUUAAAGUAUGCGACUUCGGACUUGCCCGCUGCCUGGCCAGUAGCUCCGACUCCCGCCAGAAUCUCGUCGGUUUCAUGACCGAAUAUGUCGCGACGCGGUGGUAUCGCGCUCCGGAGAUUAUGCUUACUUUCCAAGAAUAUACCACGGCAAUGGACAUCUGGUCCUGCGGGUGCAUUCUCGCAGAGAUGAUUACGGGCAGACCGCUUUUCCCCGGUAGAGACUACCAUCACCAGUUGUGGCUCAUCUUGGAGGCCCUGGGAACUCCUUCUUACGAAGAUUUUGAAAACAUCAACUCCAAGCGUGCAAAAGAAUACAUCGCGAAUCUCCCAUUGCGUCAAAAGAUGCCCUGGCAAAUUGUACUGCAAGCGCCCAAUGUAAACCCAUUAGCGGUGGAUCUCCUGGACAAAAUGCUUACCUUCAAUCCUGACAAGAGAAUUGGCGCUGCUGAAGCCCUCAAGCACCCAUACUUAAAAAUGUACCAUGAUCCAGAAGAUGAGCCCGAAUAUCCUCCUCUGGAUUUGGACGACGAAUUUUGGAAGAUCGAUAACGAUUUGAAGCGACCUGCAGACGAGGACUACGUACCGAUGGACGUACUCAAGAAAAUGCUGUACGAGGAAGUCGCAAGUCCGCUUGUAUGA